AUGGGCAUCGGUAUUGUAUUCUUGUUAUAUUCAGUUGAGUGGAGACGAAACGGUGUCCAGGUGUACGCUAACACACGGAACAGAACGUCUAACACUGGACAUCUGUGUGGUACUGUGACUGGUAAACCAAACGGAUCUGAUAUUCCGGAUGUGAUGAAUAUCACAUGUGACGUCAACGCGAGAUACGUGACAGUCUACCAAGGAACAAAUAAUAGUCGUUCAACCGCCUUGGACUUCCAGGAAGUUGAAGUAUAUGUGUGUCAGCAGAACGUGGGUUAUGGCUCUCAUUGUACUAAAUGUAACGACCGUCACUGCGCUGAUUCACAUGCACCUUGUGAUAUACAGACUGGGUCUUGUUCAGGAGGAUGUCAAGCAGGCUGGAAUGGAACUGACUGUACUCAGGAAUGUGACCACAGAUAUGGUAUGGACUGUAGUCUAGACUGUAGUACGAGACACUGUAAGGACGACGACUCGCAGUGCGAUUCCCAGACUGGAGAGUGUGUUGGAGGCUGUAAACCUGGAUGGAUGAAUACAACCUGUACUCAACAAUGUGCCAAGGAUCAGUAUGGAGAUGGAUGUAAACAAAGUUGUUCUCAGAGAAAUUGCGUCCGUAACGAACCAUGUUUCCAUGAGACAGGAAAAUGUAUAAGUGGCUGCAAGUGGGACGGACUAGAUUGCCAUGCAGUUCUGGCUAUUAUGGCGCGGACUGCAGUUUCUCAUGUGGGAACUGUAAAUCCCAAAUAUGCGAUCACGUUUCCGGAACCUGCACUAAGGGUUGCGUGGAUGGGUUUGGCGGACACAUGUGCAAAGAACGUGUGUAUUGUUCAUUGUGUCGCUGGCCUUUUUACGUCGACUGUUUUAAUUGCUGGGACUUUCAUGGGCGUUAUCCUUUUGACGAUGUUGAUAGUGAUAAUAGCAGUUGUGUUGAUAAGGCGUCAUCGAAUGUCUAACCAUGAGACAAUGGACAAUACGACCUCUAAGGAACCGAAAUCCAAAUGUUCUAAAGCUAAAAGAGAAAUCCAACAAAAAAGCGAGUACGUCAAUAUUGCUUAUCUCGAUGGACCAGUACCAGAGGGCUCUGGAAUUUUAGAAGACAGGAAUCAAGCAGACCAGUAUAUUGUUACGGUGAAUACUGAUUCAGGUUUAGAAGAGGUGGAUGAAGAAGAAGACACCAUGGACACAUCUGAAACAGAAUACUGCAACAUUUCUAACUUCAACCUACCAGUGGGUGGUGUGGUAGUCAGUGAUCUGCCUCGCAUUUUAGAGAAGAUCAGAAACCAGCCUGGCGGUUUUGAAACGGAGUACAAGAAACUACCAAAUGGAUUCAGCUUUCCAUAUGAUGACUCGCAGAUUUCACAAAACAGGUCAAAAAAUCGAUUCCGAGGCUAUUACCCAUAUGACAAUAAUCGUGUGAUCUUAACAAUGCUGCCAGAUGUGCCAUAUUCAGAUUACAUCAACGCCAGCUUCCUUGAUGCUUAUCAAGGCAAGGAUUAUUUUAUCGCAGCACAAGCGUUUUUUUUCUUCUUUUUAGCUCCAAACAAAAAUACUUUACCAGAUUUUUGGCGAAUGAUGUGGGAAAAAGAAUGUGGACAUAUCAUCAUGUUGACUAAACUUGUUGAAGCCACCAAGGCGAAAUGUGAACCAUACUGGUCAGAUAAGAAGGCGAUUACUAUUGGUAAAUUUACAGUUGCUGACAUUGAAAACGAAGAAAGAAGCGAUUUUGUUUAUAGAAAGUUCUGUGUAACGCACAUAAAGUCUGGAAAAUCCAAGACAUUUCAACAAUCUCACUUCAUUUCGUGGCCUGAUCACGGAGUUCCUAACGUCCACGACUUCACAGAGUUUAUGUGGAGAGUUCGCAAAACAAAACCUACACUUCCCGGUCCGGUUCUUGUACACUGCAGCGCUGGGAUUGGUCGAACUGGAACCUACAUUGCUUUAGAAAUCCUCCUGGACGAGAUGGAGGCUACAGGUCGUGUUGAUGUCCUGAAGGUCAUGACAAAGAUGCGAGAUCAGCGUAAAGGUCUCGUCCAGACCAAGAUAAGAUACACCGAGAACAGUACGAAACAAUAUUCGUCGCUUUGGCUGAAAUGGCACGCUUUGGUAACACAAGCGUUGAAAACUCAGACUUCCAUUGUCAAUAUCCAAAACAGAAAGGAUCUAUGGUCAUGGGAAAGAAAACACUCGACGAACUUGCCCAUGACAUUGUUACCCUAAAUGAUACUCCAUAUGCAGAUACUAUUGACAAGUACCGAAUGUGGGUGGAUGGUCGACAUGACAUUCUCAUGAUACCAUCGAAACUCGAGAAAAAUGGAUACUUGCUAACACCAGAUCAAAAGGGGACAGAAGGAAGUUUCUGGAAACUUGUUGUAGAAAAUGAUUCUUACACCAUCGUUACCUUGAGUAAUGAGACAGGCGUUGGCCUUAUACCACAAACAGGCCAGGCCAUGACACAUGGUAAGACAACCAUUACUGCGCUUCGUCAGACGCCGAUUAUUCACGAGAUAACAGAGACCAUAUUGCAAGUUAAGACAAAGAGAAACGAAGAACAGCGCCAGAUUCAACAUUACUGUCUCCACGGGUGGUUGCCCGCAACUGGUUCUUCAACACUGAUAUCCUGUCUGACAACUCUGGUUGAGAAGAUACAGUCGCAGCAAGAACAAAUGGCCAUACACCCUGUCACGAUUGU